ACCCGCAGCGGGGUCUGUGUGCGCGGCUGGGGCGCGGGCCACGCUGAGACCCGGAGCAAAGCUGACCCAGUGCCUCACCAUGGACUCGCGCCCCGAAGAGUACGAGCUCAACGGCGACCUGCGCCCGAGCUCGCCCGGAUCCCCAGACGCCUCGUACCUAGGAAGGAGACCAGGCUCAAAGUAGGGGACACCAGGGUGGGCCCGGGCCUGCAGCCCCCUGCUGCAGAGCCUGGCCUGACCACCCUGCUCCCUGCAGCCUAGCCGCUGGGGCAGGAACCGCCCCAUCAACAUGAACCAUUAUGCCAACAAGAAGAGCGCAGCCGAGAGCAUGCUGGACAUCGCACUGCUGAUGGCCAACGCCUCCCAGCUGAAGGCCGUCAUUGAGCAGGGCACUGGCUUCGCCUUCUUCAUCCCCCUGGUGGUCCUCAUCUCCAUCUCCCUCGUGCUGCAGAUUGGCGUGGGCGUGCUGCUCAUCUUCCUCGGUAUGACCUCAACAACCCUGCCAAGCAUGCCAAGCUGGACUUCCUCAACAACCUGGCCACUGGUCUGGUCUUCAUCAUCGUCGUGGUCAACAUCUUCAUCACUGCCUUUGGUGUCCAGAAGCCCACCAUGGACAUGGCGCCCCGGCAGUAGGGGCUCAGGUGCCCCUGGAUCGUGCCUGGCCACAGCUGCCUAGACACAGGAGGUGCCUCGCCCUUGAGGCCCAUCAUCCUGUGCACGGGAUUCCCCUAAACCGCCAGAGCCCAGGCUGGCCUGGCUGGACUGCAUCCAAAUAAGCCACGUGUGCUCAGGCCACUCUGGCCACACAGGGCCUGCCCCGUCCUCAGCUGCUCCUCCUCCUGGAGCAUGGAGUGGCCAGGCCCAGAAGAUGGAACUGGUGAGCCCUCAACAAGGGUCAUCGUUGGCGUGGACAUGCAGCAGGCCCAAGGAUAGGGAUCAAGGGGCUGGCCCCAUCUUGGGACAUUUCCAGAGAGACGAGGCGAUGCCUGCCCUCUGCCAGUGCAGCAGCAUCCUGGCCUUGUGCGCUGCCCACCCUGGGUGACCUGUGAUCUCUGCACUUCCUGACCCAGGACUAUAGACCAUCAGUGACCCUGUGGGUCCCCCACCGUGGCCACUGACCCAGACCUCACACCUUCCACCAGCAGUAACUGGGCAGGGCUUUAGCCCCUUCUUGGGGAUCUGAGCCCCCACUUUUCUAUGUAUAAGUAACCAAUAAAGCUGAUUCUUCUCCUC